UGCAGAGAGGAUGCACAAGCGCGGGUGACCUCUGAAAAGGAGAGGUCAGUGGCUGGGAGGGUGUGGGCAUCUCGUGGGAGAAGGAAUGGUAUACCCGCCGCAGGCUGUUAAAUAGGGAUCAGAUCGUUCGGAUCCAAGCCAAUGGGAUCUCCGCCAAUGGCUGCCGGCGUCACGCCUUUUCCGGCCCAUUCGAGCCGGAAGUGGAAACAAGAGUUUCCCAGCAUGCCUCGCGCGAGGCGCUUAUUCAACUGCACAGAGACUAGGCGGGGAGUCGUGAUGGCGGCUCCGGAGGCGGAGGUUCUGCUACAGGAUGCAGUUCCCGAUUUGGAGUGGUGUGAGAAGUCCAAGGAAAGUCACGGCCCCCAGGUAGAAAUGGUGGAGACGGCCUCUGCCCCCAAACCUCCCAACCUUUCGGAAACCUUUUGUGCUCGAGACGGCUUGGUGCCAGUGGUGUUUCCUGGACCCGUGAGCCAGGAAGGCUGCUGCCGGUUUACCUGCGAACUUUUGAAACACAUCAUGUACCAACGCCAGCAGCUCCCUCUGCCCUACGAGCAGCUGAAACACUUCUACCGAAAGCCUUCUUCCCAGGUAGAGGAGGUAGUGGAGAAGAAAGCUCGUGCCGCUGCUGAAGCAAGCCACAGGAAAUGCCAGCAAACCCUGGCAGAACUGGAGAAUAUCUUCAGCCACCUAGAGGACCUCUUUACCCGGACGCUAGUACCACGUGUGCUGAUCCUCCUUGGGGGUAAUGCCCUAAGUCCCAAGGAGUUCUAUGAACUUGACUUGUCCCGCUUGGCCUCUAACAGUAUGGACCAGGAUAUGAGCACAGCAGCUUGCUUGCGCCGUCUCUUCCGAGCUAUUUUCAUGGCCGACAUCUUCAGUGAGCUGCAGGCUCUCCCGCUCAUGGGCACCAUCAUUAUGGCACAGGGGCACCGUGACUGUGGAGAAGAUUGGUUCCGACCCAAGCUCAACUACCGAGUACCCAGCCGAGGACAUAAACUGACUGUGACCUUGUCCUGUGGCAGAUCCUCCAUUCCAGCCACCGCCUGGGAGGAUUACAUUUGGUUUCAGGCACCAGUGACAUUGAAAGGCUUCCAUGAAUGAAUGUAGUGAUUCUUAAUCAUGAACACAAAGGCUAAAUUAUUUUUCCCCAAGUCACCCCUUUGCUUGACUUACUACUUUGUGAGAGGAAGGUUCUGUCCUGACUGCCUGCUUCCUCUUCUCAGACUUCCUGAUGAAUUUAUGGUAUUGUUAUGGCUAUGAAAAGUAUUUUUGAACAUCUUUUUGGAUCAUGUUGAUUUUCCCAGAAGAUGGCGUCAGGCAUUACUGCUAAGGAUCAGAAAGCAAACAUGGACCCAUAGAUAGACAAACUUACAGGUGGCCAUAGCUUUUUGCUGUGACUUUGCAGAAUGUUUUUUUUUUUAUCAGGGAUGGAAUGUGAGAGUGGCUCAUGAAUUUUUAAAUAUAACAUGAAAAAAUUAAUAUUAAAUGUUUCUGAAAUUCA